ACACACACUGGACUGGAGUCUAUUGGCUCUCCUCAGUGGAAACUAUUCCUCUAACUACAUGAAGCACACUUUCCCGAGUGAACGUUGGAUGACGCAGCCGAAACUCAGAAAGUGAUUUCAGUUAUAUACCCAAUUUGAAAAACGCAAUUUCAAGACACAGUGUGCUUUCAGCGUGCUGGAGAUGAGAUUAUGAGCGGCUGAUUAAGUUAAAUGUCAGAUAAGGCUGUUCAAGAUAGCUAGGAUCAAAGUCUGCAGGUAUAACUGAGGACUGUCACCUCAGUGCCUCCACACAAGCAGCAAGAUAAAGGAGUUUGCAUACCACUGCAUCAGUCUUUGCAUAUCCUGUCUGACUCUGCCUGUCUCUCUGUUGCUGGCUGCUUUCACCCAUGAAGAGGGUUAACUAACUCUAAAGGAAGCAGACCUAUAUUACAACAACCCCACGCUUGAGUCAGCUGCGCCGUCUCCACAUGUGGAUUACUGGCAGAAAGAGAGGGACAAGCUGUCAGUGAGAGCUCCUGCAGUGGUCUGACUGAAACUUCGUCGUAUUAAUUUGAAGCUUGUGUUAAUGACAGAGCGGAAUCGGUUCCUCUUUACUGACUCUCCAGCUGCCUGCUCGCGGUGUUCGGCUCUUGCUUCUCUGUACAUGGCGACAUUGCUGUCCUUUUUGUUGUGUGUCAGUGUGUGAUUCAACUCGGUGCCAAUGAGCGCAAGUCACAGCUUGUGUGAAGUUCAUUAUAAGCAACAGGAGCAGCAGCAGCAGAGGAGGAAGAAGAAAGCCUUAUAAGGAGCACAAGCAGCGGACAAAGUUGGAUUAUUGUCAGGCGGAGGGCUUCUUCAGUUUUCCUCUUUGUUAGGUUUUAUUUUAACCGCUGGAAGUUAUGACUUCGGUGUGGAAAAGACUGCAGCGAGUUGGUAAAAAGGCUUCAAAGUUUCAGUUCAUCGCUUCUUACCAGGAACUGGUUUUGGAGUGUACUAAGAAAUGGCAACCAGACAAGCUGAGGGUGGUGUGGACCAGGAGGAACAGACGAAUGUGUUCCAAGCUCCACAGUUGGCAACCUGGAAUCAAGAACCCCUACAGAGGCAUGGUAGUGUGGCCUGUCCCGGAAAACAUCGACAUCUCUGUUACUCUCUUCAAGGAUGCCAAUGCUGAUGAAUUUGAAGACAAAGAAUGGACCUUUGUCAUUGAGGGUGAAAAUAAGGGUCACCGUAAGGUGCUGGCAUCCGCUGACAUCAACCUGAAGCGGUUUGCUAGCCCCACGCUAACCCAGACUGACCUGACGCUGAAGCUGAAGCCACUGUCUGUCAAAGUGGUGGAGGCCACGCUCAAGCUGUCCCUCUCAUGUGUCUUUAUUCGAGAGGGAAAAGCCACUGAUGAAGACAUGCAAAGUCUUGCCAGCUUGAUGAGCGUCAAACCCACAGAUAUCGGCAACCUGGACGACUUCAAUGAAAGCGAUGAAGAAGAGGAUAAGAAGUCUGUGACUGCCACAGUUGUCCCACACACUCUUACCCGUCCAAAUCGCCCUGCUCCCCCUCCACCUGACAAGCGACACUCCACGGCAUCCACUUUGCCAUCCUCAGCCAGUGGAAGUGAUGGUGGUCCUUCCAGUCUAGCUGUGCACUCCCGGCCUCCUUUACCAAUUGCCCCCCGCCCUUCUCCACGCCGCUCGCGACAUCCCUUGUCCACUACUCCUGUCCAGUCAGAGAUCCAGCCAUCCCCUGGCCCCUCCCCUCAGCCGUCACCCAGGUCCAAGCAUAAGAAAUCUGCCAAUCCUGUUCUUCCUGAAGCUUCUUCUCUGACUGACUCAGCUCCAAGCUCCCAGAUCACAGCAGAUGCUCCUUCAAUCCAGAGUAUGCCUCCUGUCUUUCCUCUGCCUGACGUGCCCACCCACACUCCAUCUCCUAAAUCCUCUGAAUCUGUGUCUCCUUUACCUCCUGCCUCACUGGUGUCAGUUCCUGUGAAUUCUUCAUCCAGUUGCAGUGAAGGUGCUGCAGACUCAAGCACACCCUCUUCUCUGUCCUCAAAGCCUGCCUGUGCACCUCCCAUGAGCAUUUCUUCUGUACCUCCCAAACUUCCCUCCACUUCACCGUCAUCACCUGAGCCCAUUGUAACAUCAUCUUCCAUCACUUUACAGAAGACUUCACUAACCGUAUCUACUUCUCUCCCGCAUAAACCCAAAUCCACUGGCUCCCAGCCCCUUUCUAUCAAAUCUUCCUUCCCAACAAAAUCUACCCCGUCCUCUGAACUGCCAUCAUCUCACCCUCCACUCACCUGGACCAUCUCUCAGCCUCCCUCUCUGCCAAAAAUCUUCCAGUCAGGCUCUGCAAAAGCUCCUGUUUCAUACCAGCGGCGCCCCCCAGAGGUUCAAACUGCAGAUGAUUCUGCUUCAGCCUCUGGACAUUCUCACAUUUUCAGACCUCAAAUUGUUAAGUCAGUCGCCCGCCCAACUUCUCCCUCUCCUUUUUCUUCUGAUGCCCCUCUUCUUUCAUCCGUACCCCCUCUUCCAAAAUCUCCCACCUCUAGCUCAGAGUCAGGUGCUCACGGAGCAAAGUUGAAAUCUGACUCUGUUAGAGCUGAUGGGGACAUCGCCCCCGUUCCUCUGUUAACUAGUACUGAUCUUGAUGCCCUCUGUGACCCAGUGGCUCCAGUCUGUCCUGCUUCUAUCCUCUGCACUUCACCCGCUCAAUCCUCUUCUCUACCAAAGCCUGCCUUUCUCUCCUCACCUCUCACUGUAACUCGUCCUUCUGCUCCUCCAGCACAUACCAGCUCCAGUCGGUCAGGCUUAACAUUCCCCCUCGCUCAGGUGGAUGAGGAAACGACCUCAGCAGUGAAAAAAGCAGCCGCAAGCCCUCUGCACCAAUCCAAGGAUUCCCCCAAAAACAAAGGGACAGCUUUACACAGCAAGAUGUCCACUCAGCCAGUCAGAGCAGCCCAGGAUUCAAAGGUGACCAUCGCAGAAAACAAAGUCGGACCAUUGCGGAUCAGCUCACAUGGAGAGGAUGCUGCUGAGGUGCACACGCCUGUUAGGCAAGAGAGCCAACCAGUUAAAGCAAAAGAUGGAGAUGAACAUCAUAUUGCCGCACCAUCUGCUCAGCCCAGCGCACCGGCAGUUAAAAAGGAGCCUAAAGAGCCAGAGGGACCCAGGGUGGAAUCAGCACCCUCAGUCGAGGUUCCCCCCCAAGAAGCUGGAGAGCGCGUGACUAUGGCGUUGGAGCCACUUCAGCCCUCAAAACCAAAACCAGAACCAGAACUGCGGCCGGAACAAGUUCUUCAUCCAUCAGGAAAACCACAACAGGAGGGAGCAGAUGAGGAGAAACCAGCCGAUGCCGUGCCUGGCGGUCACGAGCAUUUCAUCAACAAUAAGGACCCAGUGUGCGAGGCAGAAAAACAGCUGUGGGCAGCUGUGGAGGAGACCACCACCGAGAUAGGAGUGGAAAAAGGGAUGGAAAGUAGUGAAAGCAAGGAAGCGAAGGAGGAGAAGCUGAAAGAGGAGGAAGGUGUAAUAGGGGGUGCUGAGAAAUGUGCGCACACAGAGGAAGAUGUCUGUGUUGCAGAGCAGCAGAGGGAGGCGCCUGCUGGUUUCAUGUCAGCAGUAGUUGGGGUGUUAUACAGAGGCUACGAGACAGUGGCCUCCAUCCUGAACACAUCAGGAUCGACUCUUGCAGGUCAACCGCAACCCUCUAUCAAACAGCCAUGCCACCUUAUAAAUAAUGAACUCCAGCCAUGUUUACAUGAAGUAGAUCCGGAGAUCUUGUGUUCCUCUGAGGCGGAUAAUGAUCCACCGAUUCCCAUUGAUGUGGACAUUUUGCCACCCACAGACUUCUCUGACACAGCAGAGAGUCAGGCGACUGCAGAAGAAAAAGUUUCUGAGACUCAGAAAAAAGAGUGCUCAUCUUUAAACGAGGCACACAAUCUGGUGGCAAUUCUGAGAAGAGCUGCUAGUGAACAGGAGAACGAAAGAGAAGGGAACAGGGAGAGAGAGGAGAGAGAAAAGGUGGAAAACAUCAAGAGGGCAGAGAAGGAAGAGAGAGACAGGAAGGAGCUGGAAGAGGAAGCAACGAAAGAGAAACACAGGUUGGAGAGGGAAAAAGAAGAGGCAAGAAAGAGGUUGGGAAAAGGGAGAAAGGAGAUGAGGAUGAGUGAGAGAGAAGGGAUGAAAGAGGGAAAGGAAGAAAGGAAUGGAGUGGAAGAAACAAGGGAAGGGAACGAGCAUAAAGAGAAAAGGGAGACAGAGCCCGAAACAAAGCAACAGAGAAAGGAUGUCAAUGAGGAAGUAAAGAAAAAAGAGAAGAAAGGAAAAGGAAAGGAGGACAACCAUGGAGAAACCCCACAGUGGAGGACAGAAGCCCUUCCUGUUCUUGCUUUAGAAAAAGUCAACCAGAAAGUGGAUAGCAGCCAACAAAACAACUGUCCGCCACUGAGGGAGGUAGAAUUAGAGGAUAUUGCAUAUGAUGAGAGGUCACAAGGUAAUAAUGAGGAAUCAGGAUUCAGUUCUGAUCCUAAACUAGCAAACACUGUAAUAUCUAAUGCUGAAGUAUUGACCAGACUGGCUGAUUCUGCCCCUGCAGCCAAAAUUAAAACCAACAAAGCUGAGGACUAUGUUUGUAUUGUUAAGAAAACCAUGGAUGAUCCUGGCUUCAAAUCACUUAAAAAAGGCAAAUCCUAUCUUAAACAUGGAGCCAUCCCAGAGUGGCUGAGAGAGGAUGAUGUUGAGGAAAUAUCAUAUGAGAGGGGACAGGAAGAUCUUGGAUCCAUCUGGCUGGCUGAGCUGUACAUGGAAGGGGAAGCAGGACCAGGCCACCCUUCCCCAGCUGUAAACCAGAAGUCCUCUUCAAUUGUUUUCAGCCAACAAACACUUUACCAGAACCCUGCUCCCAGUCAGCCAAAUAAACCAGAAGUUCUUGAGUCAUUAACCAGUCUAACAGACAGUCCACAUCCUAACCCGCCGUCUGUGUCUCAGCAGGGGAUAUCAGUCAAUCAGACAGUGAGGAAUACCCCCGUUCCCCAACUUAAUGAAUCUCAGAAACAGCUGCUAAAAGGACAGAGAAAUGCUGUUGCUACAAAUAUUAGCCAUAGCCUUGAGGUAGCAGCUGAUGAGGAGGGAGAACUUGUUCAGUCGUCAGUGGUUCCUUGGCCUCUCCCUCCAAGCACUUCCAACAUACAUUCUGAUACAAAACAUACUAGGACAUACACAGACAUGAGCAUCACUAAAGUAGAUAGUGAAAUAAAUCCAGUCACACAAUCACACACAAGUCUUGAAAUGAAGGUUAAGGAAGGUGUGAACAACUCCAAGACUUUCAGUUUAAACAAGAGUGACAGUGACAGCCAAAAGAGUGACAGUGCGCAAAUGAACAACCUUUGCAUGAGUCACUCCAAAGACCAACAACUCCAAGAAGAGGAAAAGUUCCUAUUGGCUAAAAUUCGCCUGAUGUCAGGUGACUCAUCCCCAGUGUCCAGCAUUCACAAUAUGAAACGACUCAUCCCAGCACCGGGGGAUAUUGACUGUGACACUGAGCUGCCAAAAAAACAACUGGACAUCGCCACAGAUCUCACUGUUGUCAAUCAACACUUAGUUUUUCCCAGCUUUGAUGCCCUGCAGGAAAUAUCACUAACCGAAACAGAAGAGCCACAGGCAGAGGAAAAUGCGCCAAAACACCAGCUGGCUGACCUCCCUGAUGACGUAGUUAAGAAACCACCAUUCCAGCUAGAAGACUCGCCCAGCACAGUCCAUCACUGUGAGAUCACAUCAUCUCGUCUUCCUACUUUACCAGAAGAAGAGACCUCUGACCCCAGGACCCCGGAUCCUGUUACAGUGGUCCGGGAGGAGGCUGAUGGGAAGGACGACACAGCUGAGGAUCUGGUGAACUCCAGCCAAUCGCUGCUCGAGUGGUGUCAGAGCAUCACUAGUGGGUACCAGGGGGUAAAGGUCACAAACUUCAGCACUUCCUGGAGAAAUGGGCUGGCCUUCUGUGCCAUCCUACACCACUUCCAUCCAGACAAAAUAGAUUUUGACCAGUUGGACCCUCAUGAUAUCAAACUCAACAAUAAAAAGGCGUUUGAUGGCUUCGAGGCGCUGGGAAUCUCUCGCCUGCUGGAGCCGUCAGACAUGGUCCUUCUGUCUGUGCCUGACAGGCUCAUAGUCAUGACCUACCUCAGCCAGAUCCGCUCACACUUCACUAACCAGGAGCUGAGCGUGCUGCAGAUAGAGCACAACAGCAGUAAGUCCAGUUACGGCGUCACUCUCACCGGCCCGACUCCCACGAAUGUGGACGCUGCUGCUUUCUGCAUGGCCAGACUAAAUGAAGGAGUGAGUCUAGAAGAGGGAGGAAGCAGCACGCUGGUGGUCCCGCCGCCAAGAGCUAAACGACAGCUUAAAGUGGAGGAGUCCAUAACUCCAGUCCCACCCCCACGGUCUCUUACAAAGGUAGUCAAGCCUGGGCCGGCUCAGGAUGAAAAUACAAUGUCUAACUCUGCAACAGAAAACACGAGUAAUACAGAUUUUCAGUGUGCAGAUGAGCCCCAGCCUCCAAAACAAGACGAGGAAACAAUGUCUCUGCAGGACACCAGCCAGUAUGUGUUGAGUGAGCUGGCAGCAUUGGAGACAGAACAGAAGCACAUCGACAGCAGAGCUGCAGUGGUGGAGAGACGACUGCGAAGUCUCAUGGAAACAGGAAGUGACCGUGAUGAAGAGGAGAGACUGAUCCAGGAGUGGUUCACUCUGGUAAACAAGAAGAACGCUCUGAUCCGCAGACAAGACAACCUGGAACUGUUACAAGAGGAGCAGGAUCUGGAGAGGAGAUUUGACCUUCUGACCAGAGAACUGCGCGUAAUCAUGGCUAUUGAAGACUGGCAGAAGUCACCCGCUCAGCAGCAGAGGGAGCAGCUGCUCCUCCAGGAGCUGGUGUCUUUGGUCAACCAAAGGGACGAGAUCAUCAGGGAUAUCGACACCAAGGAGAGACGGGCCAUGGAGGAGGAUGAGCGUCUGGAGCGUGGUCUCGAAAUGAGGAGGAGAAAAUACAGCAACAAAGAAAAAUGUGUGUUACAGUGAGACGAGUGAGGACAAGCACAAACAGCUUUUAGUACGGAUACUACAAAGUCCCAAAAGAGUACUUUUUUUAAAUAAUAGAAAGUUGUUGUUUUUUUUAAGGAUGCUGGGGCUCUGUAUUUUCUUGUAUUUAAAGUGCCUUGAGGACUGCUCUGAGUUUGACACUGCAAAAAAUAUGUCAUUUUCUCUGAUAAAAAAAAAGAAAUUCAAAUGUUCAUUAUUUUAAGUGUGUCUUAAUAUAUAAGUAUUGAUUGAUACUUUUCAUCUAUUUUUAUUUAUUUAAAUUAUGUAUCUGACUGUUUUACAUCUAUUGCACAUUUGCUUUUUGUGUGUUUCUGUUUCUAAUCUGUGACUUUCAGUAUUCAAACACUGGCUUAUCCUCCAUUGUGAAAAACGAGGCCAAAAAUAUUUGCAGCUUUGAGGGGAAGUUUAGUUUACAGUUGUUUGUAAUCUGCAGGUUUCUAGUAAUGUCACCCUACUUGUCACUUCCCCGAGGAAAAAGUCCAUAAACACGCCCGAGCAUUUUGGAUAUCAAAAUAGUAUGUGGUAAGUCAUGAGCUGGACUCGAAUGCCUCAUGUUGUUAGCGGAGGAUAUGUGUUUUCAGAUUCAGGAUGACCCCCUGCAGCCUCAUGGAGCUCAAAGAUGUUUCCAGCCUAAAGUUACACCUUGGUAACUUGCAGUCUUUGUGGAUGUGAUUGCUCACGUCUGCAAUAUUCACAGAAAUCAAAGUGCUUUCCAUUUCUGUGUCGACUACUGCAUGCAUGCUUAUGGAGGUGUGCUAAUAAAGUGGCACUGUGCUCCACAGCGCCACUAUGUAUUCAUACUGUAGCUGCGUAUAAUGAAUCGAGGAUGUUUGUGAUGAUGAAAAUAAAAACAUAUCGGCUGGUUGC